AUGGCAACAAGUAAGACUUGCAAAUCAUACGCGCCGCAUCUGCCAACGGAAUUAUGGCUUCAGAUUCUGGAGAACACAUCCACCCACGAAGCCGAACAUCUCUGGAUGGCGGUGCGCCAGGUGUCACGCCAGUUCCGGGGCUAUGUUGAGAGACUUUUCGUGUCUAGCCAUCUUCCCCAUUUCGCCAUAUCGCUUUCGCUUCCCCGCCGGAGCUCGAAUGACGGAUCCCACAGGUGUUGGCCUGGCGCAAUUCCGAAUGCGCAGGUCAUCAUGUCCCUUCACCAUACGACCUUGGAAGAGCGCUUCGCCACGUUUGUCUCGCCAGUCGAACUCGGGUGCGGCGAUGAAAGAGCGAGUGUCGAAAACCUCAGAGCCUCAGGCGUGCUCACAGAGGCGCGACUGUUGGAGGCUCCUGCGUGGGUAUAUCUUGGCAAAAAUUACAUGGCUGGCCGCUCGAUACCAUUGCCAAUGGACAUUGAGUGGAAUCAGGCAAAACAUCGAUGGGUUUGGCCGGUGGAGUGGAGGGUGCUUGUCGGUCGGUUCUACAAAGCGAAGCUGGAGGCUAGAACGCGGGCACAACGUCAGACUUGUCAUGCAUAA